ACGGAGGAGCACCACUAGAGAACUAUCAGCGACCAGAGGCUUCUAGAAGCAGUUAGCAUCGUGCUGUAGCGGAGGGUCGCCGGCCGGCAGGCAGAUAGACCUUCUCUUUGUACUCUACGUUAAACAUUUAAAGUUUUAUUGAUAUUAUUUAUCUGUACACAUGGCUAAGUGGGGAGAAGGGGACCCUCGUUGGAUUGUGGAGGAGAGAGCUGAUGCUACUAAUGUCAACAACUGGCACUGGACCGAAAGAGAUGCAACAAACUGGUCAUCGGAUAAGUUGAAAUCAUUGCUUCUGGGGUUGGAUGUGGAGAGUGAAGAGGGGAAGUGUGAAGUGACUGAAGUCAGCAAGGUGGAAGGAGAGGCCUCAGUUAACAACCGCAAAGGCAAACUUAUUUUUUUUUAUGAAUGGAACAUAAAAGCUACUUGGACUGGAAAGUCAAAAGCAGGAGUGACAUACAACGGAGCAAUCGAAGUUCCCAACUUGUCUGAUGAAAACGACAUGGAGGACCUUGAUAUUUCUGUAUCGCUAAACAAAGACGAACCCGACACAACACUGUUCAACCUGAUGAAAACAAAAGGAUCUGAGAAAAUCCGGACUGCACUGGGGAGUUACGUUGAGUUUCUUAAAUCAGAGUUCACACAAGGGAUGAUCCUGCCUACAGCCAACGGUGUGGCCAAGCUGCAGUCCACUUCACAAUCCAACGCCAAGUUGGAUAAAACCCAGAUUUCCUCCAAAAGCAGCACAGCUGCUCCCAUCAACACUGGUGUCAAAAUCCCCACCUGUAAAUUCAGCAUGAGAGAUACGUUUCUCACCUCCCCGGCUGAUCUCUACCGCGUCUUUCUCAACCAAGAUAUGGUUCAGGCGUUCACACACGGUUCUGCCACAGUGGAAGGAGAACGGGGUGGAAAGUUUCGUCUGCUAGAAGGGAAUGUGUUUGGAGAAUUUACAGAGCUGGUUCCUGAUGAGAAAAUAGUAAUGAAGUGGAGGUAUAACAACUGGCCCUGUGAACAUUACGCGACAAUCGCGCUGACCUUCUUGGACCGAAGCAACGAGACGGAGCUGAAGGUGGAGUGCCGAGGCGUCCCCAACAGCGAGGAGGAACAGACGAAAGAGGGAUGGAGGAGAUACUACUUUGAAGCUAUUAAACAGACUUUUGGCUAUGGAGCCCGACUCUUCUAAAGAUUGGCAACUGCAGUCUUGUUUUUCCUUGUUUUUUGGGGGUUUUUUCCCUCUAUUUUUUUUUCAUUUAGUCUUUAAAUCUCUGGCACAAAACAUCCGGUUGUACAUUCGUAGGACGCGUUAAGAGAGGAAUUGAGUGGAGGCCAGUUGGUCACUGUGUAUGUGUAAAUGUUAACAUUUCUGAACGUAUUAUUAAAGUUUUUUUCUUUCAGUGUUUGAGUCGGUCGUUCAGAGGAGUUUAAAUGGACUGUGCCUUUUAGACUCUAGAUUUAAGUAAAAUGGAUGAAAUAAAGCAAAGAGGAAUCAGCUGAACCAAUACUGUAAAUGCCUCCACUUAUAAAUAUGUAAUUACUGCAGGAGUUAAACAAAAGUUUGAUUUCUUUUUAUUUGAGAAAAAUAUUGCUUUGAAAAUUUACGUUUAUUUUGUACUUAAUUUGAGUGUAACUGUAGUGGAAAUGCUUUUGACCAAGAUGCACGUUUCAUUUUUAAACAGCCAGGGGGGAGGACUCGGGACUGGAUCUGAGCUUUACCCGUGACUUGCUGUUAGUCCAGGACCUGUCGGGACAACUCUGACCUUUAGCUGGACUUUAAUGCAGAUGUUUGCAGCUGUUUCAGUUCUCACGUAGCUCUUAAACAGACACCUUUUGCUUUAUUUGGCUUUAAAUCCAGUAAAAGAAAAAAAAAAAGACAUUUAUUCCUCACUCCCCCAUCACAUGGAAAAACAUUAGUUUCUUGGAAUAAACAAAUUCCUGUGA